AUGUUUGGACGUUCAUUAGUAAGACUACCACGUGUAGUGCCAAGUAAUGUUGGGUUACGUCCUUCUGUAUGGUCAUCAAAGAUAAGAUCAGGUAAUCUAUCAAGAUGCUAUUCUGCAGCGGCAGCAGAAGCCGUCAAACUAGACGAGGGAAUAAGUAUAGAGACACACACUGAUAUCCAGGCCGCAGCAAAGGAGCAGGCUAAUGUGCGUUCUAACGAUUCAGAGGCUAUCAAGUCAGGUAAUACUGCCCUUAAUCAUGCGUAUCAGGAAAAUACAGGGUUUGGUACAAGACCUAUAUAUCUAGAUAUGCAGGCCACUACACCAACGGAUCCUCGUGUUCUAGAUACGAUGUUGAAAUAUUAUACGGGUCUCUAUGGUAAUCCACAUUCUAAUACACAUGCCUAUGGUUGGGAAACUAACAAAUCUGUUGAAGAAGCAAGAGAGCAUGUUGCAAAGGUCAUUAAUGCUAAUGCAAAGGAAAUAAUAUUCACAUCAGGUGCUACUGAAUCAAAUAAUAUGGUUUUAAAGGGUGUUCCAAGGUUCUAUAAGAAGACGAAGAAACAUAUUAUAACGACUAGAACAGAACAUAAGUGUGUAUUGGAGGCCGCUAGAAGUAUGAUCAAUGAAGGAUUUGAAGUUACUUUCUUAGGUGUGGAUUCUAAUGGUCUGAUCGAUGUGAAUGAAUUGGAAAACGCUAUUAGACCUGAUACUUGUCUUGUUUCUGUCAUGGCAGUUAAUAAUGAAAUCGGUGUGAUUCAACCAAUAAAGCAAAUCGGUGAAAUUUGUAAGAAACAUAAAGUUUAUUUCCAUACUGACUGCGCUCAGGCUUACGGUAAGAUCCCAAUUGAUGUCAAUGAUAUGAAUAUUGAUUUAAUGUCCAUAUCAUCACAUAAGAUUUAUGGACCAAAAGGUAUUGGUGCUUUGUAUGUUAGAAGAAGACCAAGAAUUAGAUUAGAACCAUUACUAUCUGGUGGUGGUCAAGAAAGAGGUUUAAGAUCUGGUACGUUGGCUCCACCUUUAGUAACCGGUUUUGGUGAAGCUGCCAGAUUAAUGCUACAAGAAUUUGAUAACGAUCAAAAUUAUAUUUCUAGAUUAUCAAACAAAUUAAUUAGUGGCUUACUUUCCUUAGAUCAUGCCACAUUGAACGGUUCACCAAAUCAUCAUUAUCCAGGUUGUAUCAAUGUUUCCUUCGCUUAUGUGGAAGGUGAAUCGCUAUUAAUGGCCUUAAGAGAUAUUGCACUAUCGUCUGGUUCUGCAUGUACAUCGGCUUCAUUAGAACCUUCCUAUGUGCUACAUGCAUUGGGUAAAGAUGAUGCAUUGGCUCACUCGUCUAUCAGAUUCGGCAUUGGUAGAUUUACUACCGAGGAAGAAGUUGACUACGUUAUUAAGGCCAUCCAGGAAAGAGUCAAAUUCUUAAGAGAAUUAUCGCCUUUAUGGGAAAUGGUUCAAGAAGGUAUUGAUCUAGAUUCGAUCGAAUGGUCUGGUCAUUGA